CAGGACCCAGAAUCUGGCAGUUGUUGAAUGGGAAUGGGAAUUCGGUAGAACUUAACUGAACUCUGCUUCGGGGUAGGAUCAGACAGUCACAAAAGAUGUUCCCAAAAUGAAGUUAAGAACACGGUUCUGCAAGAAGGGCUCCAUAAAGGCUGGAGAAAACACGGAGAACAGCACUCCACAGGCAACCAAUUAUCCCCUCAGUUGUGUAGACUGGAGUAGCAACGAGGAAAUCUAUUUUGUGAGCGAUGACCAUCAGAUAUUCAAGUGGAGCGACGUGAGCCGGGAUUCGGUGGAGGUGGCCAAACUGCCAGAUGACUUUGUGCCAACGGAUCUUCAUUGGCUGCUGCUGGGUGGACGCAGCAGCGGCGGUGGCAAGGGCAGCGAUACCCUGCUCAUCUGCAGUAACGAUGGGCGAUUCAUUAUCCUAAACAAGAGCGCACGUGUAGAGCGGAGCAUCUCUGCACAUGGUGCAGCCAUCAGUUCAGGUCGCUGGAGUCCUGAUGGGGCUGGAUUGCUUACGGCAGGCGAGGAUGGGGUGAUCAAGAUCUGGUCGCGAUCUGGCAUGCUGCGCUCCACAGUCGUACAGAACGAGGAGGCGAUCCGUUGUGCUCGGUGGGCCCCGAAUUCCACAUCGAUUGUCUUUUGCCAGGGCGGACAUAUAUCCAUCAAACCACUGGCCGCCAACAGCAAGUCGAUCAGGUGGCGUGCUCAUGAUGGAUUGGUGUUGUCCUUGAGCUGGUCCGCGCAGUCCAACAUUAUAGCCUCUGGAGGCGAGGACUUUCGCUUUAAGAUCUGGGAUGCACAGGGCGCAAAUCUCUUUACCAGCGCCGCGGAGGAGUACGCCAUCACAAGUGUGGCUUUCAAUCCGGAGAAGGAGUUCCUGCUGGUGGGGACUUUUAAUAUGCUGAAACUGUGCCACAGCACAGGGUGGUCGUACAACAGUGCUCGCUUUACAGCACCCAGUGUGGGGUCCUUCUUUACCCUUGCCUGGUCCUCGGAUGGUACUCAGGUGGCCUGUGGCACCUCCACGGGUCAGCUAAUUGUAGCCUUUGCGGUGGAGCAGCAGCUCAUCUCCAGGAAUCUCAAGGCAACCAGCACCAGUCGAAAGUCCAUUGCCCUCAGAGACAUUUCCAAUGGCAGUCAGGAUGUAUUGGACUUUCCUCAGAGAGUUGUCAACUUUGGCCUUGGCUAUGGACACUUGGUGGUGGCCACCACCCAUCAGAUCCUUAUCUACAACGAGAAGCACAUCAAUACACCGAUCAUCAUCGAUGGCAGGAACGAUACAAGGGUCAUCGAACUGGGAAAAAAGUACUUCAUGGUAAUGGAUGCCUCCUCGAUCUGGGUCUAUACCUAUACAGGUCGACUGCACUUGAACCCCCGCUAUCCCGGCUCUCAGGCCCAGCUCCCUCUGCUCACCUGGCGCUCUCUCUCCCUUGGCCUCGAUGUCCUCGCGAUUCGCGACAACUCCGACACGAGUCUGCUGCAUCUGUUUGACCUGAUGCCUGGCGCCUCCAGGCAGUACGAUCCGCACUCUCUGAAAGCCAAGCAGCAGUUGGCGGAUAUCGCCGCCUGUCGCGCUGGCAGCCAGGACGAUCAAUUCGUGGCCUUCAUUGAUGGCAAUCGAGAGCUGUACAUCAGCGAGACGCGGAAUCUAAGUGGAGAGCGUCUGGAUGAGAUCUACAAGAUCGGAACCCAGCUAACGGCCAUCAAGUGGGCCAGCGAAACGAAUAUCCUGGUGGGAGUGCAUGACUCCUGCUACAGCAUUUGGUAUUGCCCAGGAGAAGGGGCCUCUGAUCCGACUAUUAUAGCCCUGACGACCAUUACCCUGGAUACGACGGAAUUCGGUAAGCACAUUACCAUCGACAGCUUCGAGGAUGCCGUUGUCACAUUUCGCUGCGCCGGCGCCCUGCUCCCCGUCAACGUGAGCAUCUACUGCGAAGUGCUCCAUCGCACCCUCAUCGAGGGUCAGUGGCAGCAGGCCCUGAAGAUCUGUCGGAUGGGGCAGCAUUCUAGUCUGUGGGCCACUCUGGCCGCAGUGGCCACGAGGAAGCACCAGUUGCAGCUCAGCGAGGAGGCCUACUCGGCUGCUCUGCAGAUCGACAAGGUCAGCUAUCUGCAGCACCUAAAGACUUUGACCCCGUCCAGUGCCGAGCAGAUGGCCGAGAACUCCUUGAUGCUGGGAAGGAUGUUGGAGGCGGAGACAAUCCUGCUCCACAAUCGAAAGUACCAGCAGGCUGUGGGUCUGGCCCUGCGCAUGCACAACUGGAGACGAGCCCUUGAGAUCGCACAGAAGCACCAGGCAGAUGAGCUGGGCGUGGAUAUGCUGCAGAAAGUGCUGGAGGAGCGGCGGAAGUACCUUAAGGCUCUGCAGAGGGAUGAGUGGGAUCCUGUAUACCUACCCCAUGUUUUGGUGGAUAAGGAGGGCAAUUCUAGUGAAUAAAGUAGUUUAUAUUAG